AUGACCGUUCAGUGGAAUCUUUUCGGCGGCACAGUGAUCAAGCUUGGGACCGAGCGUCAUCGUGGUCUCCUUAACGGGGUUGAUGACCUCUCUAACAUCGGCUGCUUUGCUUUAACCGAACUUGGUUAUGGUAACAAUGCGGUUGAGAUGGAAACCACGGCAAUUUACGAUGAAGAAAAACGUGAAUUCAUCAUCAACACUCCGACCCCUCUGGCUCAAAAGUAUUGGAUAACGAAUUCAGCAGUUCACGCAAAGUGGGCGGUUGUCUUUGCUCAAACAAUAAUUCGAGGAAAGAAUGAGGGAAUACAUGCCAUUCUUGUAAGGAUUCGUGAAGAAAACAUGGUACCAUCUAAAGGAGUCACCAUUGAGGACAUGGGAGUGAAGUUUGAGUGUAACGGUGUAGAUAAUGGAAAAUUAUGGUUCAACGAUGUCCGAGUACCGGUUGAAAAUCUGCUCAACCGUUAUUCCGACAUCGACGACAAAAACAAUUUCACGAGCGUCAUUGGCAGUCGUCGUGGACGGUUUCUGAAAGUUGCAAACCAAUUGCUUUCGGGAAGACUGGCAAUCGCAUCAUUAAAUUUAGGAGGCACCAAAGGUGAUUCGCCGUUAGAAACUGUACAUCACAUCUUUGUUAUCGAAUUAUAUGGUCUAAAGUUUUAUCCUUUUAUUCACACGAUUCCUCAAAGCAUGUUUGUCUAUCGCCUUUCGCUAUGCAAAUUCCAGGUUGGCAGUUGGGCCAAGUGGGAAAAGACUGAAAAAGAUAGCAAUGAGGUCGUUAGACUUUGCUGUGUGAUCAAACCAUUGGUCACGUGGAACUUUGAACGUGUUGCGACUGUGUGUAGAGAAAGGUGUGGAGGUCAAGGUUAUUUGAGUAUCAAUAGAUUUGGAAGUUUCAUUGGCUUCUCUCAUGCUGGCAUGACCGCAGAGGGUGACAAUAGUGUUUUGAUGCAAAAAGUUUCCAAGGAAUUGUUGGCUGAUGUCCAAUCAGGAAAAGUGAAGCUGCCUCAAGUUCCAGAUGCUAAAAAUUCACAAAAAUGGGAUGUGUCAGACUUGAAUAAUCAAUUAAAGUUAUUACAAUUGAGAGAGCAAGCUUUGAUCAAAGAGUUAGGAACGAAAAUGGCGAAAAAAUCCUUGGAUGUAUCCAUCUUUGAAACUUGGAUGUUACAUGAAUCCGACACCGUUCAAGCCUUGGCUAAGGCUCACGGUGAGAGAAUAGUUUUGGAGCAAUUAAUAAUUGCAACUGAAAAACUUAAAGGCGGUGCAAGAAAACUCCUUAUCACCAUUGGUCAACUUUACGCGCUUUGUCUGAUUGACACAAACCUGGCUUGGUACAUCAUGAAUCAUUUGAUUUUAGUAGAAUCCGCAGCCAAGGUACAGCCUUUGAUAAGAGAAAUAGUGGCGGAUUUGGCACCAUCAAGCAUCCAGAUCGUUGACUCAUUGGGAGUAGAUCCCCGUGUUCUUUAUGCUCCAAUCGCUAGCGAUUGGUCCAAGUUCAACGAGAUUGACAACCAAGGUGAACUGCUAAAGGAAAUGUCGGUUGGGAUUAGCAGCAGAUUAUGA